AUGGCGUCGGCUCCUGAUUACAGUUCCUACAGCCAAUCAAGUUCUCAGCCGGGGUAUGCUUCGUAUGCUGCUCCGGCCUCUCAAGCCUAUGGACAAUCUGCCCAGCAGAGUUAUGGCCAGCAAAGUUAUGGAUCCUAUGCCCAGCCUGCUGCUGCUGCGGCUGACAAUGCGUUCACCCAGGCAACCCCAGCUGCUGGAAGUUACACUCAACAGCAACCUCCGCAACAAUACAGCUCCUCCUAUGGCCAGCCAGCACAAGCUGGCUAUCCUGCUGCCCAGUCGACUGCUCACAGUUACACCCAGUCGUCCCAGGCUUAUGGCGCACAGGCUUAUGACGGCGCUCCUGCUGCUGCUGCUGCCGCCGCCGCUGCGGCUGCUCCAGCUGCUUCCCAGUCUUACGGGUCUCAGCCGGGGUAUACUGCUCAGUCUGGAUAUCCUGCUUAUGGCCAGCAGCCAGCUCCUGCUGCACCACAGAGUUACAGUGCGAACAGCCAGCCUGCUGGUUACACUCAAAGCAGCUACUCCCAACAGGCAGGAUAUGGCCAGCAGCAGUCUGGCUACCAGGCUCAGCAGAGCAGCUACAGCCAACCGCAGGGUGGGUACCAGCAGCAGGCCCAGCAACAAGCCCCUCCUGCUUACCCACCCCAGGCUGCAGGUUCCUAUGGGCAGCCCGCAGCCAGCCAGUAUGGCCAACAAGGUGGACCGCCCAGCUAUCAGUCCAACCAUUACAAUAAUUACAGACAGGAUGGCCAGGGUGGGGGUUCUGGCUACUCAGAACCUUCAAGGUACUCAGAGGGCAGGGGUCGUGACGGUUUUGACAGAGGAGGAAUGAUGCAUCGUGGCCGUAGCGGCAUGGGUCGUGGCGGCAUGGGUCGUGGCAUGGGCAGCGCUGGAGACAGAGGUGGCUUCAGUAAGCCUGGUGGACACAUGGGCGGCGAAGAGCGUGAGAUGGGACGGCCUGAAGAGCAAGACGAAUCUGAGAACUGCGCUAUCUACAUGACUGGCUUGACUGAGAAGGCCAACAUUGAGGAGAUGGCAGAAUUCUUUAAACACGUCGGGCCAAUUAGAUUCAAUCGCAGGCUCGGCCAGCUUGCCAUUAACAUCUACACUGACAAGGAUUCGGGAAAGCCCAAGGGAGAUGCCACCCUCUCCUACGAGGAGGCAGCAUGCGCCAAAGCUGCUGUGGAGCACUUUGAUGGUAAGGAGUUUCAGGGCCGCAGGCUCAAGGUGUCAAUGGCACGCCGUAAAACCCAGAUCCCCAUGCGUGAUGGCAUGAUGGGCCGUGGAGGUAUGAUGGGCCGCGGAGGCGACCGUGGCGGGUUCAUGCCCCGAGGCGGCCCACGUGGCAUGGGCCGAGGUGGGCCGACAGGAGCCAACAUGCAGCAAAGGGCCGGGGACUGGGAGUGUCCCAAUCCGGGUUGUGGCAACCAAAACUUUGCCUGGAGGAUGGAGUGCAACCAGUGCAAAGCUCCCAAACCAGAGGGCAUGAGCGGUGGGCCUCCAUUUGCUCCUGGAGGUGAACGAGGCAGAGGCGGAAUGGGAAUGCGAGGAGGCAGAGGAAUGGACCGCGGCGGGCCCGCAGGUGGUCCCGGAGGCUUCCGAGGAGGCUGGGGAGGCGAUCGUGGUGGAUUCAGGGGGCGCGGCGGCAUGGACAGAGGUGGUUUCCGUGGUUCCCGUGGAGGUCCGCCCAUGGGUGGCAGAGGAAGGGGAAUGGGACCACCAGGUGGCAAGAUGGAUAUGAGGGACCAUCGCCAGGAGCGCAGAGAGAGACCAUAUUGAAGUUCUUAAACCUUCCUUGUAUGGAAUUUGUUUUAAGAUGAGCGUUUUUAAUUUAUGGUUCCAUAUGUUGAUCAGUUAUCAGACUGCUUUCAAACAUCCUCUGCAGUUUCCACUUCCAUUUUUACUUUACUUAUUCUAGUUUGUUUAUAUGACAACUUAUGUGCAUGCCUUUUUUAAAAUGCUGCUUAGUUUUGUCAUUGUAUCAACGCAGUACAUGUGCAACAGCCUGCCCCCUUUCCUUCAAAAAUUGUUGUGGGGAAUAAAUCUUUUAUUGAUA